AUGUUGUAUGGUCGGGAUCGUGCUGUAGUUGAGCUGGUUAACUUUUGCACAAACACUUCAUCCGAUAGUGACGAUCAACAUACAGAAUCUAGAAACAUGCAACAAUUAUUACGAAGAAAAUUCCGAACACAAACGGUGGGAUUUCUAAAAUGGUUGGAAGCACGAGAUUCAUUCAUCAAACAGGUGGCAUCUCGAAAAUUUAUGCCGAUCGAGUUCAUGAAAGAUAGAACAACCUUUUUGAGUUCCUCAAAGGCAGAUUUUGUGUGUAGGUUAUUGAUCCACGAUCUGAAGCUGAUCAUGGAAGCUGUUACACAACAUGAAAAGGCUGUAUUGUUUGCAUCAUCAGAAUUGAAAAAAAGUCAUGAAUUUUGGAGAGAAGCUAUUCAUCGGAAUGGACUGGUACUACGUCAUGCACCAGAAGAAUUCACACAAAACAAAGAAUUCGUUAUGGAAGCAGUGAAACAAAAUCCACAGGCGUUUAAAUUUGCCUCAAAUCACUUACACCAUGACAUGGACAUGAUUUCAAUUGUCAUUGAGAACAAGGGGUUUAAAUAUAUCCCUUCUAAGUAUAUAACAAAUCGAGAUUUAGUGUUAAAAGCUGUAAUGAUUGAUGGAAGUGCAUUAGAGUUUGCCUAUGAGCAGUUCUUUAACGACUAUGAGAUUGUGUUAGCCGCUGUGAAAACAAAUGGUCUUGCUUUAGAAUUUGCAUACAGUGAGAUGAAACAGCUAAAACCUAUUGUGUUAGAAGCCGUUUCGAACAAUGGCCUAGCACUUCAAUUCGCUUCAGAAGAGUUAAAAAAGGACGAACAAGUAGUAUUGACAGCCAUUGAACAAAAUCCAGAAGCAAUCGAUUAUGCCUCGCAUUCACUUAGAUUUAACAGCAGUAUUUGUUUUAAAGCCUUGUACAAACUUUGCGAAAAGUACCCUUUGCAACUUGGACCCAGACAAAUUUAUAAGCAUAUCAAACAAUAUUCUUCUACUCUUGGAAUUGAAUCAAACAAGUUGCCCAAUAUUAGACAUAUUCUCACACAAAUGAUACACAUUGAUCGAUAUGUGCUCGAUCAUGCUCCUCCAAUAUUGAAAAAUGACCGAGAGUUUGUAUUACUAGCAUUAAAUCGAUAUGGUAAUGCCUUAGAGUAUGCGAGCGAGGAUUUGAGAAAUUGCAAAGAAAUUGUAAUGAAAGCUGUCACGCAAAAUGGAGUUGCUCUAUGCUUUGCCUCUGAACAACUACAAGAUGAUGAAGAAGUGGUGAGGACAGCCAUUACACAACAUGGCCAUGCUCUAAAAUUUGCAUCGGACAGACUCAAGAACGAUCGAACAAUAGUGCUGCAAGCCAUCCAACAGCGAGCGAAUGCCUUGGAGUUUGCAAGUGAAGAAUUGAGAGAUGAUAAGGAAAUUGUCAUGGUUGCUGUGAGCGCGUUUGGAGAUGUACUUAAAUAUGCUUCUCAAAGAUUGAGACAAGAUCGAGAGGUUGUACUGAAAGCUGUCUCAACUUUUGGAGGAGCCAUUGAAUAUGCCUCUAAAGAUUUAACAGAUGAUAAGGAAGUGGUCAUGACAGCCGUAUCCACAAACGGUUGCGCCCUUAAAUAUGCUUCUAAAAAGCUUGGAAGAGAUAAGGAUGUUGUCUUGAAGGCAAUUUCUGUUGAUGGAAAUGCCAUCGAAUACGCCUCCAACAGCUUACAGAAUAACCAGGAAUUCGCCAUGAUAGCUGUCAAAAACAAUGGAUCUGCUCUCAAACACUUACCAGCACUUUUCAAAAAAUCAUAUGACAUGGUGUUGGAAGCUGUUAAAAACGACGGCAAUAGUUUGCAAUUUGCUUCACCAAAAUUACGAGAUACCAUAUCUAUUGUCAUGGAAGCAGUGAAACAAAACGGUAAGGCAUUUGAACAUGCUGGUAAAGCAUGUAAGUAUAAUGUCGAUAUUGCUUUGGAAGCCAUGCAACAAGAUAGAACUGUUUAUGACUCUUUGAAUUGGCAGAUUCGGCAUGACGAGAAAAUACUCAUGAAAGCUGUCGAGUCCAAUCCUGCUGUUAUUAGAAAGCUGUUUCAUCCGAGUCGAGCAUUAGUGUUAGAGGCUGUGAAACGUCAAGGUCUUCUACUGUCAGAUUCGUGUUUUAAUCACGAUAGAGAAGUGGUGUUAGCAGCUAUCCAGCAAGAUGGCUCAGCUUUGCAAUUUGCUACUGAACAUUUAACUCAUGAUCCUGAAUUGGUGAUGGAGGCCUGCCGAGUGAAUGGAUUUGUUUUCAUUUCCAACAAGCUCGAUUUUGAACAGUUGUAUCGAGUAAGAUUUGACGAAUGCUAUGAAGGAUGUUACGUACCUCCAACUAUUUUGGAGUAA